UUACUUCAGGUAAAUUAUAAUCAUCAUGAAGACUGCAAUGCAACAACAGCAGCAAAAGCCCAAACAGCUCACACUGUUCCAAGCUGGAUUCAAGAAGGAUGAGAUUUCCCGCUGGGGCGUACCCAUCGGACCUGGUCCAAGUCACUCUGCACCUCCACCACCUCAACCUGGGCCCAGCUGUUCGGUAGCAGUACCACUGGCACCAGGUCUGCCCCCUCAGGCUUCAGAUCAGCAGGGGAGUGAUGUCAUUCUUAUUGACGAUGACGACGAUGACCUUCUGCUGGCACAGGCUUUGGAUCAGACAAUGAGUGAAUAUCUUGACUCUGCACCCCCACCGGCUGCUGCCGCUGGAACCCCGCUGGAGGUACUGCCGGGGUUUGACGUGGAAGCCGGCACCACCUGGGUGUACCCGGUCAACUACCCGGUCCGCCAGUACCAGUACAACAUCGUACACACGGCCAUCUUCGAGAACACGCUCGUCUCGCUGCCGACAGGUCUCGGGAAGACGUUCAUCGCUGCAGUACUGAUGUACAACUUUUACCGGUGGUACCCACGCGGCAAGGUGGUGUUUCUGGCUCCGACCCGGCCGCUGGUCGCCCAACAGAUUGACGCCUGCUACCGAAUUAUGGGCAUCAGUCGGGAGGACACGGCUGAGCUGACCGGCUCCAUGGCGCCGUCGGACCGCCGCUCCCGCUGGCUCGACCGGCGCGUCUUCUUUCUGACGCCCCAGGUGCUGAAUAACGACCUGACGACGGGCUCCUGUCCCGCCGAGCUGCUCCGCUGUGUGGUCAUCGACGAGGCGCACAAGGCGCUCGGUAACCACGCCUACUGCCAGGUGGUGAGGGAACUGAGCCGUCACACGAGUCAGUUCCGCGUGCUGGCACUCAGCGCCACCCCCGGCAGCGACCUCAAGGCAGUCAUACAGGUGCUGACGAACCUGCUGAUCUCCCGGGUAGAGGUGCGCUCCGAGGAGUCGCCCGACGUCACCCCGUACACCCACGGCCGACAGCUGGAGAAGAUCGUCGUGCCGCUCGGAGACGGACUCAAGGCCGUCAGGGACAAGUACGUGCAGGUGGUUCGCACGUUCGUGUCGCGGCUCAUUCAGCUGAAGGUGGUCUACACCAGGGACGAGACGACGCUCACCAAGUUCGCGCUGCUCAGGGCUCGCGAUGCGUUCAAGCAGUCCCCGCCGCCGGGUCUGGCCCACCACCAGCAGAGUUUGGUCGAGUCGGACUUUGCCAUGUGUAUGUCGCUGUACCACGCGCUGGAGCUGCUGCAGCUGCACGGCGUCCGCAGCUUCCACACCUUCGUACAGUGUAUUGUGCGCGGGGAGAAGGGCUCUGCUCGCGGUCGGGCAGAGCUGGUCCGCAAUCCCGUCUUCAACGAGCUCCUGACCGAGCUGGAACAGAAGUUCGGCCUCCGUCCGGACGAUGGCAGCACCGUCGGCGCGGACGGCGAGCAGGUGGCAGCUCCGGCGGCCCUGGAGCAGAGCCACCCGAAGCUGGCCCGGCUCAGAGAGCUCGUGGAGCAGCACUUCCGAGACUGUGGCGACACCACCCGCGUCAUGGUCUUCUCGCAGUACCGUGAGAGUGUACUGGAGAUCUCUGCCGUGCUACAGCAGCUCCAUCCCACCGUGCGCGCCAUGCACUUUAUCGGACAGAGCGCCGGAAAAUCGUCACGGGGGUUCUCCCAGAAGGAGCAGCUCAAGGUGAUCGCGGCGUUCCGGACGGGCGGCUUCAACACGCUGGUGUCUACCUGUGUCGGCGAGGAGGGUCUCGACAUCGGAGACGUGGACCUCAUUGUCUGCUAUGACGUCAGCAAGUCGCCCAUCAGUCUGGUCCAGCGGAUGGGCCGUACCGGACGAAAGCGGCAGGGGAGGAUCGUGGUGCUGGUCACAGAGGGAAAGGAAGACCACGUCUACAACCAGAGCAUGUACCAGCGCAAGAGCAUACUCAAAACCAUCAUGACCGGUACGAAGCUCGGCCCUCACCUGUUCAAGAACAGCCCGCGUAUGAUCCCGCGCGGCCUGCAGCCCGUCUGUCACCGGCUCCAUAUGACGGUGGCCGCCUCCUCUCCGGCGACUGCGACCGGCCGGGGUCGGGGUCGGGGCAGGGGCCGGGGCGGACCGGUGGCCGGCAGAGGCAGGGGCAGGGGAAGGGGCGCCGGCAGGGGUACCGGUGGAGGACAGAAUAUGGCCUCUCUGCUGGCGGCGCUGGCCCCAGAGCGCGGUCCGGCCACGGCCGCCUACCUCAGUGAUGACGAGAUGAGGGAGUGGGACGCCCGCUACAAGCUGAGGCCGGGGGACGAGCCGGCGCGCAGGCUGCCGCCGAGACACGCAACAGGUACCGCUGCCACCAACACCGGUCGCCCCUCCGCCCCUGCACCGCUCUCGCUGACCGAGUGGCUGCCCUGGCAGACCACCCUGCAGCCCACCCACGGUGUCUCCCACUCCGGCGUCUCCCGGAACCUGGUGCGCCUCCUGGCCUUCAUGGCUGAGCAGGCGCACACGGGGGCCGACGGAUACGACCAGGAGAUGACGGGGCUGCGCCGGCACGCCGGAAUAGAGCUGGAGCCCUCUCCGGCGGCGCCCGCGAUGCCCCCUCCGCCGGCGCCACCCCGGCCGGCCAGUCCGCCGGUUCGGCCCGCCGCAGACCUGAGCGCCCUCUCCGAGUCGGAACAGGUGGCCGAGGCGAUCCGUCUCAGUCUGCUGGAGACCUCCGGAGCCGACUCCCCGCCGCCCCCGCCGCCGCCGCCGCCCGACUGGCCGCCCGUCGCGCCGCCGCCGCUGUUCACCGGCUGGGGCGGCGCCGCCGGUCUGCUGAGUGCUUUAGAGGAGGCGCUGGCUGCUCCUCUGGUUACUGUGGACGAGGGAGCGCUGAUGAUGAGUGCGGAGAGGACGGAGCGGCUGGAGGCGCGCUGCUGGCUGGAGGCUGAGCGGCAUGGGUCAGAGAGGAAGGAUCCGACGGCAGGGAGAGAGACCGGUGAUUUGGAGGAAGAAUGGAGGGUCGUGAAUGAGGGAAAUGGAACGGCAGGCCCAGAGGUUGAUGGGCGUACCAACACGAGCAGUGAUGCCACGAAGCCAGAGUCGGGACUGAGAGCGGCGGUACAGAGCGAACCCCCAAAGUCAGCGCCGGUGUGUGAGGCUGACCCGCUGGAGGGUCCCUCUGACGCCCCGGAGGGCGGAGCUGCCGAGUGGGACGAUCUUCCAGACGACUGGAACGCGGACUGGGAGUGGAACCCGAGCCCCCUGCCGCCGGCGACCCCUCCUCCCUCCUCCCCUCUCCCUCCUCCGUCAGACGCUCCGGGCAGUUCUGUUCCGCCGCGCUCUGUGGAUGUCCUUCCGAGUCGUCCACCCGUGGUGUCUCUACUCUCAGAGGAAGAUGGUUCACCGAUCUUACCGUCACAGAAUCCCAGCAAACGGAGAAAGCUGUCGCGCGGCAGUAAGAGGCGGAAGAUUGAGAUGCCAUCGGUAGAGCCAAUCCCAGGAGGUGCGGUGGAGAAUGGAGGACCCUCUACUGCUGAGCCGAUAGGGGCUACUGGUUGGGGUAAAGCUGAAUUCUCUGAGGAGCGUCAGACUCGACCGUCGCCGCCGCCGCCGGCAGUGACGGUAUCCUCCCCAGUAUUCCGCCUGCAGGCUGGUCUGACCCGCCGCCCCUCCAGCGAGGAUCUGUUCGCUGAUGAGAGUCUGUUCGCCCGUGUGGAGGAGCCACCCGCGUCAGCAGGGGAGCCGGCGGCCUCCCUGGGCUUCGAGCCGGCCCCUGCGCUGGCCACACCGGCCUCGGCGUCAGUACCGCCCUCGGCAGUGGCGGAGGAUGGGUCAGGGACAGCUGCAGGACGGCAAGGUGCCCUGGAUCUGCAGCCUGACAGGGAUAGACUUCAGCGAGAGAGCAAGCCUGCUGAUGUGGUCGCUGGUGGAAGGAACCGACUAGAAAGCGCUGGCAAUGCCUUGAAGUCGAAGACACCCUCGAGAGAGUUUUUCGGUGGCAAGCAAGCGAAGAAUGUUUUACCUUCUGGGAAAGAAGAAACUCACGGCGUCAAGAACAGUGAACCCCCUCCCGUUGCGACAGCCACCGCGCGGCGGCGGCACCCGUCCUCACAGCCGCUGUUCGACUUUGGAUUAGACGACGACGCGCUGUUUGCCAACGUAGUCACUCCUCCGCCUGCCCCAGAACCACAGCCUCCAUCCCUCGACCCCCCACCGCCGGCGUCGGCCGUCUCGGUACCCCUGGCGUCCGUCCCUCCCGCUGUAUCUGUCGCCGUCUGCAGCCCUCUGCGGUCUCCGCCGCUGCUGGUGCGGUCAGCUCCGUCCGUCCGCGACUCUCCAGCGGCGGGUACGUCGAUCUACUCCACCACUCAGCUACUGGAGCUGGUGGAUAAGAGUGUGAUGUCUCCUGGAGGACGCACGCCGAGUGGGAAGGGAUCGCGGAGGAUGGGAGAGAAGAUGGGAACGCCGGCGGGGAGAGUGAGAGGAGAGAGGGAGAGGCAGAGGGAUAUAGUGGCGGAGAAGACGGAGAAAGGGAAAGUGGAGAGUGAGAGAAAAGAGAAUGGCAAGACCGGUGGCACCACGGUAAAACCGGCCCCGGCGGCUCCGGCAGCUCGGGAGGUGGAAAAGCCAGUGUUUGAUCUGUUUGCCGAUUUCUUCGAGGACAGUGAUUUGUUCGAGGGUGUGACGUCCAACCCCGGUGGCGCGACGGACGCUGCAGAUCGCAAGGAGCUAGCGGAGGCAAAGAACACAGAGAAGCCAGUUAACUCUGUAAAGGUUGUGGAUCUGUCUGACUCGCAUGACGUGACAGUGGUAGAGCAGGGUGGCACCGUAGACCCAGCGUCCAAACCCGCUCCUCUGACAGAAGCCAUACCGGUGACCGGUACACCCUCCACCAAUCUCACCACCCGAGGACCGACGUCCGCCACCCUCGACAGUCCUCUGUUCACCGUGACCCGACCUCGGCCCCAGACCCCCUCCGGUAACCGCGCGGCUCCCGGCGGCGGCGCGGUGACCUCCCCGGCCGUGUCACCGAUCCUGUCCAGUCAGAGGAGGCCGAGGGAGACCGUGGACAGGAGACACAGUACGCCGCUCUCCGCGAGGGGACGGCGGCGGCUCUCCAAGGUGAAGCAGCGACACUGCUCGACUGGUGUCACCCCCGCUGGGUCUGCCGGUCGUCCUGCUGGACUGGUUGCUGGACUGGUAGCUGGACUGGGUGAUGAAGACCCGUGGGCGGAGGAUGAGUUUGAUACCUGCCGAAGACCGGCGCCGCGAGUACUCCGUAUGGAUGGAACAUCUCCGCGGGUACCCGUAUCUCCACUGGCUGGCAGACAUGUGACUUGGGGACCGGAGACGGACAGCCAUCAACGUACUGAGACCGAGGCUAAUAACCAGCGCACUUGCCGUGAUAUGAACGGAACAGACGCCACGGAUAACACCCUCGUCCAGUCUACAUCGGGAGCGAACCGGAACGACAAGCAGCCCGUCGUUCUGCUGUCCAGAAUAUCGGACGCAAGCUCUCCCUUAGCUCGACCUGCGUCUAGACCCAAGUCUGUGGUAUCUGAUCAAGAAAGUCCACUAAUUCCAUCCAAACUGGCCGCAAAUGAGACCGACAGCCCGGUGGUACCUGCCAGGGCAGCUCCAAACAACACAGAGAGCCCCCUGAUGCCUGCCGGGUCGGCCGCCAAUGUCACUGACAGUCCCGUGGCGCGGGUGGCCGGCCGCCGCCGUCACCGUCCGGCGUUACUCCGGGACAGUGAGGAGGAAACGCCUCCCGUCGGCUGGGUGACCGAGUUUGGGGAGGAGGGAGGACCGGGAGGGGACCGGCAGGAGGCGAGGAGUCGUCAGGAGUCGGUGCAGGAGUCGAGGAGUCGAGCGGAGUCGGCGCGGGACUCUAGCUCGGAGAGCGUUGGACGCCGGCCGGCUGCAGCCGCGGGGAAGAAGCGGCGCCGCCGCCGCCGGGCCCGGAACCCGUUCCUGGAUGACGAGGCUGACCUGUCGACCGACGCGUCGGCGGCCUCCUCAGACGACGAGAGCGACGGGCCCGACUCUGACCAGUAUGACGAGUCGAUGAUCGACGACGCGCCGGAGCCCACCCAGCAGGACGUCGAUAUGCGCGCCGUGUACCUGAAGUCUGUGCGCAGUCCGGGCCGCGCGGCGCCGGCGUUCCGUCGGCCCGCCCUGCCGCGGCCCAACGACUCUGAGCUGUUCUCCCAGGUCCCGCACCAGGACGACGAUUAUGAACAGGACAGUUUCUGCGUGGACAGUGAUCACGUGGAGUACGUCAGUUCGGCCUCUUCCCACGGCGAAUCGCCGGCCAAACGGCAGAGGGGACGGCGCAGACGGAUCAGGGCAGUCUCGUCCAGCGAGGGAGAGCGCUCCCCAGUCGGCCGCCGCGACACCAGCGCCACCGUGCGGAGUGAUACUAGCGCCACCGUGCGGAGUGACGCUGGCACGACCAAUCGGCCCCCAUCUGGGUCAGAGUCUGAUGCUGACUUUCAGCUGGAUGGAACCGAGGCGAACCCUCGCUCGGUUGAACGUAAAAGGGUGACGAAGAAGUCUUCCGAUGAAAAGACCAAGACUCCUUCGUCCACGAAUGGUGUCUGGCUGUCCAGCAAGCGUCCGGCUGGUUCGAUUCUAAAGAGUAUCACUAAAGCGAAGAGGCGGUCAGAUCCUGAUGAUCCGUUUGAAACUCCAACUUUUGGAACAAGCAAAAAGCGCACAUCACGUAAUACGGAUCGCCCGGUCUUCGAUCUCGGCCUAUUCGACAGCGACGACGAAAUGCCGACAGCUGCGCCUCUAUCGGAAAGAAAGGAAAACAUAGUUCCCGAUUCUGCCGAGAGGGCGCGCCAGGCUCGUCUGGAGCGGGCGCGACAGAAGCAGGCCGAGUUUCGGGAGCGGCUUAGUAUGGGGCGGACACCACAGACGGCCGGCUCGGCUGGGGGAGGAGGUGUGGAGGUGGCCGGUGGGGGCGGAUCGGCCGGCCCCAGCGGGGUCCAGAGCCGUCCUCCGGUCCCGUCAGCGGGGAGCGGGCGGCAGGGGGCGCCGGGGCGGAGCUCAGAACAGCCGGCCCCCGGUCCGCUGGUUAUAAUAGCCAGCUCCCGGGAGGUGAGCUGCGCGCCGCGCCUCCUCUCCGACCUGCGGGCCGUGCACCGGGCGCGAACGGAGGUCCGCUCACUGCCGGCAGAGGACUAUAUCGUCAGCAGGAGGGCGGCCGUGGUGCGGCGACCCGCCGCCGACCUGCAGACGGGGCCGGGUCGCCGCCGUUUGGUGGCCCGCCUGCAGCGGCUCUGUCGGCUCUACAGCCGCUGCUGGCUGCUGGUGGAGCGGGACAGGGUCAAAGCGGGCACCGCGCCGCCGCCCGAGCGCCGGCCGCGCGCCGCCGACCAGCUGAUCGCUCAGCUGACCCGCGCGGGCGUCACCGUACUGCACACAGACUCACCAGACCAGUCUGCCUCGGUGCUGAGCCGGCUGGCGGCCGCCGAGCGGCAGGCCGGCUGGUGUCUGCCGCCGCCGCCAGAGGCGCCACCAGCGCCGAUAGAGGACGCUCGCCGCCGGUUCCUGGAGGCGCUGCCGGCCGUUAGCGUUCCGCUCGCCGGCGACAUUCGCGCUGAGUUCGGAACGCUGGCUCAGUUCCUGCAGAGCUCGCCUACAGAGCUGGAGAGGAGGCUGGCCGGUGUGACGUCACACGGUAGAGCGGCGGAGCUGUGUCAGGCGCUCAGGUGGAGCUUCAGCCAGCAAUGACCUGACCUGACCUGGCGUGAGGCGUGACCUGAUAUAGCGGGGUACGGUCAGACCUGACAUGGUCUGGUCUUAGUGCCUGUGGUGAUCUGAUCGGUCUAAUCUGAUCUGAUUUGACCCGACCUGACCCGGCGGGAGGGUCAACGGUCGGUCAACGACCUGAUACGGCGCAACGAACUCGAACUCCGUCAUCGAGCUUAGAGACGAAACUCGAACUGACGCUGUGAUAUGGUUCCGUUCACGAGCUCGAAUUUUGUCAGUGUCUCAUGUAUUUCCUGAUAGGAACAGCUGACUUAGUACUAGUCUCAGUGGCACUGAGGCUCGGUUGCGGUCCUAAGUAUGUCGGCUCAGUCCGGUAUGGUAUGGACAGGAGUUCAACUGAAUACCGGAACGUUGGCUCGCCCUCUCAGGUUGUUUGUAAAUGAAACGAACCGCUUUUUGUCACGUGUUGUAUGUGAGAAAUGGUGCUGAGGGCUGUGACUUGUUGAUGUGUGAACUGUAUAUAAAAUAUCAUAUAUUUGUCUGGCUUUGCAAUACAGGAUGUAUGCUUUCUUA